AUGGAUCCAUCUGCUCAUGCAGGUCGGCAGACAAGGGGUCAAGAAUGUGAGCAGAAUGUGCGUCGAUGGGGGGCCCAAGAGAACAAUGACGAGAUUAAGCUUAAAUCAAAAAGCGAGGGCUGUGAAGAGCCAUUGGCUCCAAUUGUGGACAAGAUAAAUGGUCAACCCAAAGCUGCAGUAAGAUCGUUUAUCCAAUUGGACAAGCUUAACAAGUGUGUACUUGUAGAAAAAUGCCUUUUCAGGUUGAAUUCUACAAUGAAUGCAGAUCAUUCAUGGAUCAACCGAGACAUAGCCGAUGGGUUCUGGCUUGCUUGA